UUUACAAGAAGCAAUGAAAAAUCCCUGAAAAGAAUCUCUUUAAAAAAGAAAAAAUAUACACCAAGUACAUAAAAAAGGUAUCUAAUGUUACAUUCCUUUUAACAAAAAACAGAUACGAAAUAAAUGCAAUUACCCGAGUAAGUUAUAACGCAAGAUUCAUAAGAUAGCUGAUAGAUUGAAAGUGACUAAAAUGAUCAACUACAUUAUAGUGAAGAAAACGGCAUAUAUUUUUUUCUUUGUUAAAGAGGUUUUUUUUUUUAGAUUCAGCAAUAUUUCAGUCAUCUCCAUUUCUCAUUUCUUGGAGUUCACAGUUUAUUUCAACGAUUUCAGCAAUUUAUUUCUACCAGGGAUGUGCGAAAAGAACAAUUUUUAAUUUAACUGAAUGCUGAUGUAAUCAUCGUUAUAUAAUUGCGGUAAAACAAAGAUGAAAAUUACGUGUCAACUGACGCGACAGACUGAAUUAUGUUGAUUGCCGAUACGUGCGUGUCAAGAAACGGAGGGAAAAGUGUCGAGCGUAUCGGUUACAUCAUCACAUUGCAACGCGUAAGACAAGUAGGAAGAUCCAUUGACUGCAUUUCGAGGUGUAAAUUUCCAACGCAUUGUGAUAUAUUAAUAAGUAAUUAACUAUAAUGUGUAAAUGACUAGCAAUCAACAGAACGGAGCUGCCAUCACAACGAUUACUUCACAUGUGGACAUCGCCGUCGCAACUCAGGAUCGGCCGGGCACCUAGGAAAAAGAUAUAGCCUUCAGCUGUACCAUCACCGCGCCUAGUGAAAAAUGGAGAACACCGAUGGAUUCAGAAGAAAGCUUUCUUUUCUUAGUUUUGGUAAACGAAUAUCGAUUGACGGACAUGCUGCGGAAACAGGACCGGAACUCGACGAGGAGAUGGAGAAGGUCUUUGCGAUGGACGCCGGGGAAAAGUUCGAUGUAGCCCGUCUUGGAUCACCUUCGGAAUCGACUGGAUCUGAUCGAGAUCGCGAUCGUGGACCACCUCUACGAUAUGGUGGCGAUCGCGAUUUCAAUCAAUAUCGUAAAAAAAGCUAUCCACAUCCGCACAUGCCCUUGAAGAGUCUGCAUUCCAGAUCUAUGCGACGACAUCUUUCUUCUGAAGGGUCAACGGCAGAAAUGUCUAUCGAAGAGGAUCGUGGCAAUAUUCAAGCGGAAAACGAGAAAAUCGAUGAGAUGAACCGUGAAUUUCGAUCGAUCAUGACAGCAGAAACCGAAGCCGAAGUUGAUGAAGAAACAGCGAAAGCCAAAAAUGUAAGCAAUAACGAAAACGAGGCACCGAUCUCGGAGAGGGCGGCUUCCAGUUUCAGUCCAAUCAUCGGCAGCCCGAGAGUACAAUUUGAAAAAAUCAAGGAAGAAGAGGCAUCGAGUACGCAAACAUUGGAAGUGCCAACAGGUACCACUCUGAGUGGCCAUGAGGAAGACCGGAAUCGCCGACGGCACCAGAAGCACGAACAUAAACGUCACCAUCACAAAUCUCGCAAAUACUCUCUACAGGAGGAUCCGCAAUGGCGAAAACGAUCAGGAGCCGGUCUUCCAGAUAGUUCGAAUCUGCUGGCUCGACGUGUCAGCGUCCAGCCAGAAGAAGCAAGCACUUUGCAAGAACUCGACAUUGAUGAUUUGGAGUCGCAUCGUAGUGAUGAUCCACGUGGCAUGCGCCGGCAUAAAGCCGCUUACUCGACGGUGCAGAUCGCCCGACGAAAGGAGGGCGGCAUUUUCUAUGACACCUUCAAGAAGAUGUACGAUCAUUCGCCGCACGAGGUAUUCGUUCAAUUGGACGAACUACAUGGCUUGGGCGAAGAGCGUGAAUGGCGAGAGACCGCCAGAUGGAUCAAAUAUGAGGAAGACGUUGAGGAGGGUGCUGACAGAUGGGGCAGACCUCACGUGGCUUCUCUUAGUUUUCAUUCACUACUGAAUCUUCGCCGAUGUCUAGAAACUGGUGUGAUUCUUCUUGAUCUGGAGGAAAAAGAUCUGCCUGGGCUGGCUUAUAGAAUAGUCGAGCAAAUGGUCAUCGAAGAGCUUAUCCUAGCCCAAGACAGACCGGUCGUGAUGAGAGCACUUCUACUCAGACACAGGCAUGUGCACGAACAUGAACGUGGUUUCCGUUUCGGUGGCAAGAGGAGUUAUUCUAGUUACACCAGCCUUCAGUCCAUCUGGCUGGAGGAAGAAGAUGCUGCGCGGGAACCUGCUGAGAACCAUGUAACACAACAUAAUCUACACGAUGCGAAGCCGAAGAUCGUAUCAUCGAACUUGGCGCUCGACAGCAAUCAUACAAUGGUCGAUAUCAAGGAAGAGUUAACAUACAUGAGCAGUAACGAAGACUUAAAGAAAGGUCACAAUGAUUACAUCCUCAAAAGAAUCCCAGCUGGUGCUGAGGCAACAGUCGUACUUGUCGGUGCUGUCGACUUUUUGGAUCAGCCAACGAUAGCCUUUGUACGAUUAGCCGAAGGUGUACUUAUGCCGUCCAUUACGGAGGUCACGAUACCGGUCAGAUUUAUGUUUACCUUAUUAGGACCGAGAAAUGCAGACUUGGACUAUCAUGAAAUUGGUCGGUCCAUUUCUACUCUGAUGGCAAACACGACAUUUCAUAAAGUCGCUUAUAAAGCCAACGAGAGACGAGAGUUACUUUCAGCUAUUAAUGAGUUUCUAGAUGAUUCAAUUGUAUUGCCACCUGGUAAUUGGGAAAGACAAGCUUUGCUACCGUUCGACGAGCUUAAAGCGAAGAGUGAGGCUAUCAGGAAACGGAAGGCGAAGGCACUCGAAGAGAAAAGCAAACCGGAACAAGAUGAGGCAGCCGCAAAAAAAGCUCUUCUCGCCGGCGAAGAGGAAAAGAAAUCAUCAGAAGACGAUUAUGAUCCAUUGCGACGUACCAAACGACCAUUCGGUGGCCUCAUCAACGACAUUAAGCGUCGUUACCCUUUCUAUUUGUCCGAUUUUAAGGAUGGUUUGAGCUCAUCUUGUGUCGCGGCAGCUAUCUUCAUGUAUUUCGCCGCGCUAUGCGGCGCCAUCACAUUCGGCGGCCUGAUGAGUGAUAAGACACAAAACGUAAUAGGAAUUUCCGAGACUCUUAUUUCCGGUUCGUGGACGGGCGUGAUAAUGGCAUUGUUCGGCACUCAACCGCUUUUGAUUAUCGGGACAACUGGUCCGCUGUUGCUCUUUGACGAGAGCUUAUACAAUUUCUGCUUGGCGAACGAGCUUGAGUUUCUCACCGUACGGGUAUAUGUUGGCGCCUGGAUGGGUAUCAUCGCCCUGGCAAUCGCCUGUAUCGAAGGUUCCGUUCUCGUGCGACUCUUCACGCGCUUCACCGAGGAGAUCUUCACUGGAUUGAUUUCUAUCAUUUAUAUCGUUGAAACGUUUAUGAAGCUUUACAACUACUUCGUGCGCAAUCCUCUUCUUCACGAAUACAGCUUUGGGCCGGACACCAACAAUAUAACCUAUCCACUCUACGUUGCUGAAAUGAAGGUUACUCAAUCGCCAUGGAAUGGAACUGAAGAAACCCUACGCUUGGAAAACGUUCGCGAACUUCUACCGAGUCAUGAUAGAAUUAGGCUGCCAAUUAAUCAACCCAAUACAGCUUUAAUGUGUACUAUCCUUUGUCUGGGCACUUUCCUGGGUGCCUACUACUUGAGAAUCUUUCGCAACAGCCAUUACUUAGGCCGUAGUGCUCGAAGAGCCUUCGGAGAUUUCGGCGUGCCUAUUAGCAUUGUCGUUUUUGUUCUGAUCGACUAUCUACUUAUGGUAAAGACGGAAAAGUUGCUGGUACCCGAAGGACUCUCCCCAACUAUACCCGGUAGAAAUUGGUUCGUAUCUCCUAUCGGAUAUGAAAAACCUAUACCGCUUUGGAUGGCUCUAGCUUGUGUGGUGCCAGCUUUGCUGGUUUACAUCUUAGUCUUUAUGGAGACUCAAAUAUCGGAAUUGAUUAUCGAUAAAAAGGAGCGAAAACUGCGAAAAGGCAAUGGCUAUCAUAUGGACAUCGUGGUAGUAUGCUUGAUGAAUAUAGGAUGUGGAUUGAUGGGUGCACCUUGGUGCUGCGCUGCGUCGGUGCGCUCCCUCACCCAUGUAUCCGCCCUAACCGUGAUGUCACGCACUCACGCGCCUGGUGACAAGCCGCAUAUUGUUGAAGUAAAGGAGCAAAGAGUGAGCGCUCUCCUGGUCGCGAUACUUAUAGGCGUGAGUGUGCUGAUGGCACCAUUGUUACGGCGGGUACCGAUGUCCGUUCUUCUUGGUGUGUUCCUCUAUAUGGGGAUCUCAUCAAUGAAUGGCGUGCAGCUAUUUGACCGCGUCAAACUGUUUUUCAUGCCAGUCAAGCACCAUGGUACAGCAAAUUACGUACGCCGUGUGCAAACCUAUAAAAUGCAUAUUUUCACCCUCAUACAAAUCUUGUGCUUAACUGUAUUGUGGAUUGUCAAAAGUACCAGAGCCGCCUUGGCCCUACCCUUCUUCCUUAUUCUGAUGAUACCGUUGCGCGCUCAGAUGAGCUAUUUCUUCACCACUGCGGAGCUACGUGCUCUCGAUAGUAAAGGAUCCGAACACGAUGUCGAGGACGAGCUGGAUUUUUACGAAGAAGCUCCUCUACCUGGUUAGACUGUGCCUUAAUAGAUUAUCCAAUACCACAUCUCUCCCUCCCCCUUCUCCCUUCUUUCCCCCUCCGUCUCUUUCUCUCUCAAUUCAUGUACUUCCAAAAUUAUCUAUCAUUACUUAUCUCACAUCUCUCAAAGAUCCUUAUCUACUAAUUCGUAAAUACAGAGUUCUAUUACUUUUAUCAAAUUGGAAUAUGUGACGUUCAUUAAUAGAGUCCAUUGGUAGGUAGCUGAAAGCAAUGUCAUAUAUACACCGGGUGUUUUAGAUCCGUACAUCCUUUCAUCUUCGCAGGAUAAGGAUCCAACCGUAAAAGUGUUCAGACAAAAGUUGUGGAGUUUAAAAAGAUCUAUUUACAGAUCUUAUUAGUUUGACCUUAGGUGGCGUCGCCAAGGUCACGUCGAUUUUCUUUAAUAAAACACUCAACUUUUUAUUCCAGUAACUAAUAGCCGCUUUCAAGAGCUUUUCAAAACAUUAUAAUGAAGUUAUUUUUCAUUUUCGAAUUAUAGAGCUCGAAAGUUACAGCACAUUAACAUUUGUCAUUCAUCAUUGGAGGUUGUAUCUCUUAUUUUCAUUUUUGCACUAAGAAUUCAUUUUUAUGUAAAAAUGAAAAUAAGAGAUACAAUCUUUAAUGACUUCGAUCUUGACAAAUAUUAUUCAGGACAUGAUCCUGAACAACAUUCACAAGAGCCGUCGAUCGGACACCUUGCGUAAAGCCGUGAUCAGACUAUGUAUUGGAGAUUGAGAUUGAGAUUGCAGAUUGAAAUAUAGGGCUCUAUUUUUCCAAUCUUCAAUCUCAAUCUCAAUCCAAGCUUCCAGUAUUUAAGUCAUCAUGACUAACCUUACCAAAUGUAUGUGUGUACAAAAUAAUAAGUUAUAAAAAAUUAUAAUAAGUACAAACACAGCACAAUUAAAACAUAUGAGUGCAAUUAAAUGCGUAUUCAAUAAUUUUUGUUAUGUGUGAUUUUAGGUAUCCAAUAUUCUUACUAAUCUCAAUCUUAAUUGUUAUUGGAUUAUAAUUCAUAGUCAUCAAAAUCGAGCAAUCUUCAAUUUUAAUUUCAAUUUCCAAUGCAUAGUCUGAUCACGACUUAAUGCUAAUGUCUGCGGUACUGUAAUUUUCGAGCCCUAUAACGCGAAAAGUACUCAAUGAAAAAUAACUUUAUUAUAGUGUUUUGAAAAGCUCUCAAGAUAAGCUAUAAGCUAUAAGAAUAUGCAAUGAAAAAUGGAGAGUUCCAUUUAAAAAAUUCAUGAUUUUGACUUGACCUUGACAAUGUCACCUAAGGUCUAAUAAGAUUAAUAAAUAGAUCUUUUGAAAUUCCACAACUUUUGUCUGAACACUUACGAUUGGAUCUUAUCCUGCGAAAAUGA